UAAAGCCAACUUACUGGGAUGUAGCCCCGUAGGAUCCAUCUUCUAGUACUUGUUGAUAUAACCAGUCGUUUCGAUGGGCAAAAGGAAGGAUAUGAUCCAUCCCAGAUUUCUUUUAGGUGAUGGAGGCCACCUUGGGUCACAAAGCCUCCAUAGGAGGAAACACAAGAAGCACAAGAAGCACAAGAAGAAACACCACCGUGAGGAUGGCCACAGCUCCUACUCCGAGGCCCUGGAGUCAGACUCUGGGAUCACCGUCAAGCCCCCCACGCAGCUCAGACUAAAGAUCAAAUUAGGAGGCCAAACACUGGGGACAAAAAGCGUGCCAACGUUCACAUUGGUCCCUGGUGUAGCCCGUUCCCCAUCUCCUCUGAUGAUCGUGGAUGACGAUGAAGACUCGGACGACGAUGACGACGACGAGCCUUCCGAGGGGGUUCCACUCGAGCAGUACCGGGCCUGGCUUGGUGAGUCCGAAGAUGAAGACAGUAACCUGGACCCGUCCCCACUGCCAGACAUGGACUCAGACUCCCCAGGGGGGCUGGGGGGGCCAGUGGAUGAAGAGGAGAAGUGGCUCGAUGCCCUGGAGAAAGGAGAGCUGGAUGACAACGGAGAACUGAAGAAGGAGAUUGACGAGUCCCUGCUCACAGCCAGACAGAAAGCCCUCUUGCACAAGCAGCAGAGCCAGCCUCUCCUGGAGCUGCCCAUGGGCUACAAGGAGAAGGAGAUGACCGUCGAGAUGAUGCAGAAGAGAGAGGAGCGCGCACGCAAGAGGCGUCUGCAGGCGGCCAAGAAGGCUGAGGAGAACAAGAACCAGACGAUCGAGAGGCUCACCAAGACCUCCAAGGCCAAGAUCAAAAGCAUGAGAGAACGAAAGUCCAAACUGACCCAGUGCCCCAUGGUGCGCUACUGCGACUCGGCCCAGGGGAUGGGGAUUUCCUUCCCUGCGGGGGUGCCCCCUCCCACCCCCACCCCCCCACGCCCCCCUCCCCAGGCACCGGUAGGCUGCGGGGUGAACGGGUGCAGCAAUCUGAAGAGGUAUUCAUGCUCCAAAACAGGGACCCCUCUUUGUAGUCUUGAGUGCUACAAGAAGAAUCUGGUCCUUUUAGUCCAGAGCGCCGCUUGAAUUGAACUGCUUUUAAAGCUUUCAGCUUGGCAGCAGUUCAAACUUCAGGGCUAAAUCCACGGACAAUGUGGAGGUUAUUUUUCAUUCUGGCUGAUUAUAAAAUCCCUUCUGUAUUUUUCCGCUCUGUAUGAUGCCCAGAAAGUGUUCCUUUUGGAAUUAUGUAGAUCUGCAGACUUUCUUUCAAAUCAAUGCAUCAGUCCUAUAGACAAUUUAUUCCUGAUAUAAAAUGCUUUACUAAUUGAGCUACAGGCACAUCAGACCUUAUCAGGAGGCAGCAUAUAUUUAUUUAGAUUUUACAUCCUCAGUUUGUGGUCCACACGAUUUAGGUUGAAUAGAAAUUAAUUGAAGUUAUCAUUUCUUUUAAACAGGAGUACUAAAAUAAACCAGAUUCUCCCUAAAAUUACAGAACACUUAUCUCAAUGAUCAUGAAGGAUUUACAUCUGUGUUGGUGUGUGGUUAAUGGUUUCAUCAAAAUGUUUACCAAAAUGAUGUACUGUACAUAAGCAGGAAUAUGUUACUGGAAUCAAGAACAUUACCAUAACAAAACAAUGUUGUUUUCUUUUAAUUAAAUGUCACACAAAUGUG